AUGUCUAUAGCGACCGAUUACUCGAAUUCCAAUGGUCUUCUAUUUUGGCCAUCUUCACCACGAACAAGAACACCGAAAAAUGUGGACAGUGGACAUCUAAUUGGACGUAUAAUUAAUGAGAGAAUUACUUGCGUGUCUGCAUUGGCUCCAUUCCUGGAUAAGGAUACUGCUACAAGGGAUAAAUUACAUAAAUUGUAUCAUGUGGAUAUCGUAGGUGAAUGGAAGCUAGUUGCUGGAGUCAGUGAAACAUCUAUGGAACAAGACGGACGAGAUAUCCAUGUCGGAUUGAAUAGCAGUACAUGUCGAAUCCAACUACCCCAACACAUGCUCCACCGUGUCUCGGUAAUCUACUAUCAACAGCCAAAUAGUAGAGCGCUGCAGUACCUGUCUCUGCAGCCGUUAACUCUGGAUCCUCAGAUACGGCAACACGCUUCGCCGGCUUCUACAAGGCAAAGGGAUUUAAAUAGGCGGUCAACACGCAUGUUUGAAGAUAGGCAAGAACUGUUCAUUGAUGAUCAUUUGGAUGGUGUUUUGGCUGAGAUCAACGCAUCUCUAGACGUUGAACGGCAUCUAGUCGAUAUGGGUCUCAAUGAGUGGUAUCCAUACCAAAGGAUUGUUGAGAACCUAAGUAAAGUGGGUUCAUGGAUUGGAAGCCGGUUGCAUCCACUGCAUAUGCUGCUGGUGUACCCAAUCUCUGGGUUGGUGCUUAUGGUAUACAUGAUACUGGAAGCCUGUACGCUGCUUCUAAAUACUCGUGUGCUCGGCAUGAAAUCGUGGAGAGAUGUAUCUGUCACAGGUCAGCAAAUAGACCUUCGCAUCCGCCAACUGGUAUACUGGCCAUGGCAGUAUCUUUUAUGGCGUAGGAAGGAUAGAGAAAGCAAGUUGAAGCCUGAAGGACAAGCUCAAUACAUUGGAUUUUACAAUACUGUGUGGCUGGUUGCUAAUGACGUGAUUGUCGGCAUUGGACUUGGUGCUUUCGUCAUUGCCAAUGCUGAUUUCUUGUCUGAAACAUUCAUCAAGUGUCUACAGAUUUACGGGAUCGAAACAAUCAAGAGCAUGGUCGUAUGGCUCAUGAGUUGGCCAGGUGGGCUGAAGCUCAAUAGCAAGCUGGCCAAGUUUCUUGGAGAGUUGUUUCUAUGGCUUAUAGACUUCUGGAGUGGUAGCCUACAACCUCUGGAAGCAUACCUCCCAACAUACAUCCGAUAUGCUGGUCUUUCCGGAACAUUGGGCGCAUCAUUCAUAGUCUCACUAGCUGCAGACUUGCUCAAUGUGACAACGCUGCAUCUGUAUCUGUUCUAUCUCGUUGCAGCUAAACUGCAUUCGUGGCAAGUGAGCGCCAUAAUGUCGCUUUUCAACUUGUUUAGAGGCCAACGCCAAAAUCCUCUCCGGAAACGUGUAGACGCUGCCGAAUAUGACUUGGAUCAGUUACUACUUGGGACGAUUCUCUUCACGGUGUUGAUCUUCUUGUUUCCAACGGUAGCUGUUUAUUAUAUGCUAUUCUACAUCAGUCGAAUGGCUGUAAUCUCACUACAUGGAUUCUGUGAUAUCGCACUCGCAAUCAUAAAUCACUUCCCGUUGUUUGCGAUCAUGUUGAGAUUUAAGGAUCCGGGACGUUUGCCAGCUGGUAUCCGUUUCAGGAUAACAAGUGCUCUAGAUGGCCUGAUUCUAGAGAACGUUCCUAUAGGGCUGAACACCAUAUUUUACCAGUAUUGGCACCUUCUGACUUUGUUACAAAUCAGGGUCUUCUCUUGGGACAUUAUUCGCUCGUCUCUCCUGGGCCUUCAUAUUCAAAGACUACCAGCGCUCCAAUACCCAUCUCCACCACGAAUGACACGAUCUGCAACAUUUGGCGACAUUCACCAGUUUCUUGCCAGUCUCUAA